AUGAUCGCGUUGCGUGUGACUACAUCAAUGUUGGUGAAAGAUGUGGUGCUGCCAGUGGAACGGGUGGUUGCAACGGUGUUACUGAAGUUGGUGGUUGUGCCAACGGUGGUGAGAGUGGAGGUGCCGAUGGCAAUAGCUGUCCAAACACAACUUGAGGAAAACGAGACUGUGGUGAUUAUGGCCUUAACAGAGGAGGAGGAGGAGGAGGUGGUGGUGGAAAAGGCGAUGCCAAACGUUGAUGACAGUGGAGGCACAUAUGGCGGUGGCUGUCCAAGGUCAACCGGAGGGGGAGACCAAGGUGGUUGUGGCCUUAACAGAGGAGGAGGGGUUGGUAGAGAAGGCGGUGCCACCGGUGAUGACAAUGGAUGUGCCGAUGGCGGUGGCUCACCGGGGUUGUUGGUAUCAAAAGACUCAUUUGCAGAACUACAGCUUUUGCCGACCAUUGAUAAUUCUCUCCAAGACAAUACAACUCAACAAACUUUCCACUUUUCUUUAUUUAAGUGA